AUGCUUCAUGGGGAGCUGCUGAUGGACAACGCUUCCCUAAGGGACUUCCAAGGCGGCGAAGGCACUUAUGUGGCCAACGCGUUGGAGAGGACCCUGUUGCUCCCUACUGAUAUGGAUGAAUUGAGGAAUUUGAGGAGGCAAGAGGUCUUCCUCAAUAUUAAGAGGUAUUUGGGCAUGGCAGUCCAGGCCACCUAUAGGCUAGAGGAGGACACCAAGAAGCAGCGUAAGUUCGUGGAACUUGAGCGUAAUAAGCGCGUGGAGGCUGCGCGGACCCUCAAAAACUUCGAGGCUGACCUCACGAAGGCUAAGGAGGAGCUAAAGGAAAUGACCAGGGCCAGGGACAGUGUUGAAGCAGGCCUGGCCGGUGCCCAAAGACAGGCCGAGGACCAGACGAGGCGCUUGCUCGAAGCCGAGGGACAAUUGAAGAUUGCCAAGGAGCAGAUCGACGAUUUAAAGAAGAAGCUGUUCGAGGCAGAGAAUGCUAAGGGCGUCGCAGAAUGGGCCAGGGACGAGGCCUUGAGGGCCAAGACAGAGGCGAAAUUCGCUAGGACGGAGGCCAAGAGCUCUAAGGAGAAAGCCGAGGAGGAGGCUUAUGACACGAGGGUGGCUGAUACCCAAGCCAUUCUCAAGGCUCAAAUCCCUGGAGUAUGCAAGCUUUACUGCUCCCAGGUUUGGAAUGAAACCCUCAAACAAGCUAGGGUGGAGGCUUCAUCAGAUCUGUGGAAGGCGGAGAAGGGUCCUGAGGCUAAUCCUGCUCAGCUCCCCAAGGAAGGGGAUGUCUCCCAGGGUCUUGAGGCCAAUCCUACUCAGCUCCCCAAGGAAGGGGCCAAAAUAAAAUUGAAGAAGUAG